AUGUCGUUUUGCCGGAUCACGGGCAAGUGCAGGUCGCUGCCAAAGCCCAACUACUUCCCGAUGUUGCCACCGAUCUCACCGGCAGCUGCCAAGCGUUUUUGCCGGGUCACGGGCAAAUCAUACGGGCUACCAUCACACCAUUUCAUCCCGGUGGCGUUGGCCAGACCUCGCAACGGAACCGGUGCGGAUCGGUGCCGUGUCACGAACGUGUCCGCCGAGCUGGAACGGCACCAUUACCAACCGGGUGCGUACGGAAACCGACCACACGAGCUGGUGAGCGCGUUCCGGUACGUUCUACCGGUGCUGGACGCCGGUGAUGAGGCCCAACGUAACCUGAGCGAGGUGUUGGCACGCAAAACGGCUCCACUCGAGCAGACACUGUACGUGUACCGGGUGGAAGAGCGUGGUUUUGGACUCGUCUUUCCAGCACGACUUGAAGCGGCCGUACGCGAUGGUGACGUACGCGAUGUGCUGCUGGCGAAGGAGUCCGAUAAGUUGUUGAUCCGAUUGCGCAAGGGUGCCAGUGUGGCUGUACCGUUGAAAGGUUUCGAGACAGCUGGCCCAGAUAAUGCACUGUACGAAGGUGAAGGUCCUCGUGAAGAAGUGAUCAAACGGCGCGAGCGCGAGGAUGCAGCUCGACCCAAGCCAAAAGCCAAUGGAGGCGCCUUGUCGUCCAUCGCGCACAUCUUCGAGCGGAAGGAACGUGCCGAAGAGGAACAACUCGAACAGGAACAGCGCUUCAUCGAGGAACACCGUGAGAAAGCAGCUAAGUUGGCAGCUGAACGGCGUGAACGUCAGCGGGAAGAGCAACAACAGGCACUUCGGCUCAACGAACACCUGCUAGGACAGGAUCCUGAGCUGGGUGAUCUGGUGAAACCGCUUAUCGAGUCCUGGGAUUGGGGAACGCUGGAACGUGAAGCCGCGGAUCGUAGUGCCGAAGGUGGUGGGGUUGUGAGCUCGGUGCGGACUCUUCCUGCUCCUCUACGAGUGAUCCCCGCGGUUUUGGAAAUCCCACGACCGAUCGCAAUCGACUCCGAACAGCUCACUCGAUGCUCCGGUCUAGAUGCGGCUUCAUACGUCGGCACGAUCGAGCCAGCACGGGUUGAAGUGCGUCCGGAACGAAUAGCUGCAAUGGCAGCACUGGACCAGGAAACUCUCAGCAAGACCGCUCGACUCACGGAACGAUUGGCGGGAAGUGAACUGUUGCCUCAUCCAGACGAUCUCGCUUCGAUCGUGACAGCUCUCGCAGGCACACAAGGCGAACAGAUCGAGGUGGAGGGAGUACCUGGAGUGCGGUUGGUCGUGAACCAUCAACCCGUGUUUCUCCCAGGCCAAACGGUACAGGUCGGUAAAAAGGGCCCCACUUUUGUACCGGGCCAGUCACUACCGUCCGGUGAACUGCUCGAGUUCGUUCCCGGUGUCACUAUGGCCGGACCAGAUGGAACAGUUCAGUUCGUGCCAGGUGAAGUGACAGGUCGUGCGUUCGUGGCAGGACGUACAGUCGAGGGUCGGUUCGUGUGUGGUCAGGUGCUAGUGGAUGGAGACGGCGAGCCACGUUUUGUGCCGGGUCAAACGGUCGUGACACCAGAGGGCGCUAGUAAAUUUGUGGCAGGUGUUGUAGACGAACGAACUGGUUCGUUCGUUCCUGGACAAGCGAUCGACACUCCGGGAGGCGUUCGGUUUGUGCCGGGUCAAACGAUCACGGUUGCUGGUCGUGAACGGUUCGUUCCGGGCCAGAACGUACCUACCGGUGAUGGUGGAUUAGUGUUCGUGCCUGGUCAAACAGUUCCCAACCAGCUCGCGGGAGAUGCAACCGAACGGUUCGUGCCAGGAAAGACAAUCGUGACAUCUGAAGGAGCCCGAUUCGUGCCGGGUCGCUACGUUGGGGACACGUUCGUACCGGGCAUCGACGACGAUGAUGGUGCCCGGUUUGUGCCGGGAGUGAACAUCGAAACGAAGGAAGGCUCCAAGUUCGUCGAGGGACAGGUUGUACGCACGCGUCACGGUGACGUGUUCAUGCCAGGAACGACGGCCGUGGGUUCAAAUGGCGAAGUAACCUUCGAACUGGCAUCUACCAUCGAUGCGGUGCGAUUCCGAGAAGCUAUCCCUGUUGGGCUGGUCGUGGAUGGAGACCGAUUGGCCGCCGGAGAACCUUCGCUGUGUGUAUUCGGCCAUCUGGUACAGAACGAAGCCGGUAGUGUUGAGUUCUACCCGGAGCGGAUUGGGCGAGAACAUCUGCCAGCUGGGAAGGUGAUCCCGGGUCAGUUAGUUCGCCAGCUCGCCGAGUCGAAGUUCAUACCGGGCGUGAAAACCGAAGACGGUGGCUUCAUGCCAGGUCAGGUUGUGCUGACCGAUCGAGGAGAGCAGUUCGUCCCUGGGCAAGUGAUUGAGACGUCCGAGGGCAUGAAGUUCGUACCCGGACAGAUCAUUGAGACGAAAAGUGGUCCCAAAUUCGUGCCUGGCCAGACAAUGGAGACACCGGACGGAGCGAGGUUUGUGCCGGGUCAGAUCAUCAACACACGCGCCGGUCCUACCUUCAUCCCUGGUCAGGUGAUCAGUACGGAUGAUGAUGGAGAGAAGUUCGUGCCUGGACAGAUCGUUGACACCGAGGAUGGACCACGGUUUGUGCCAGGACGUGUCGUCGAAUCAGAGAAUCGGGUCACUUUCAUCCCAGGUCGGAUCGUGCAGACAGCUGACGGACCGCGAUUUGUGGCGCCCGAUCUCAAGGACACCGAAGAUGGCGACGAAGAGUUCUCGGUGCAGAGCUUCACCGUAACGCCUGAGGAGUUGAAGCUUCUCAAGCCUAGUCAACCCGCGUACGGUGGAGCUGUCUCAGGUGAGGGCUCACUUGUCGUCAGCCUAGACAGCACGAUCCUGCAGGGCUUGGCACAAUCAGGCAUGCCAAUCGGGCGCCAGGUGGAGGCAUCUGCCGUGGACUACGUGCUCGAGAGUACGCAGGAGCGUAAGGCACUGCAGAAAUUCCUUGCAGAGGGUGGCCUGCCAGGCGCAGAACUGGAUGCACUCGAGAGUAUCUUCGAUGGGUUGAAGCAGGUCUGCCGGCAAGUUGACCGGGAGUCACUACAGUACAGCGAUCCACGAGCACCUCUCGACGAAACUGUGUGUAAUGGCUCGAUCGGAGUUGUGGAAGCGCUUGCUGCGAGCCUCGCAGGCAUGCUCACUGAGACGAGUGAUGGUCCAGAACGUCCUAUGUACGAGCUUAUCGCGGAAGCCAUCAAAGCAUCAACGGGAGAGUACACGGUUGACGAGUUACGGCAUGUUGUGGAGUCACCGGAGGCUGUGGACUACCUGAUGGGAGCCGUCGCGCGAACGAUCGUACGAAGCAACAUCGACCAGAAGCUACGAACGCUUACGGCGCUAAUCGACGGAGACACGGACGAUGGUACACCUCGAGAUGACGCCACCGGUGGAUCGGUUCUGCCAACGGGUGCCAUCGAGGAAUUCUGCCAACUACUCGACAAUGGCGCUAUGUCUGAGGCGUUCGUAAACCUACUCAAGAAGGACGAACAUCUGUUCCGCUCGAUCGUGGGUAGUCUGCGCAGUUCUGGAGUCCUGGAAGACAGCGUCAACAUUGCGGAGAUCCUGCAAACGGCGCUCGUGGAUAGUGUGCAGGAACGAGCGCAAGCCGCUCUCGUUGAGCUCGUCGAGGAUGAAGGCUCACAGGAUGCACUUCGGACGUUACUACGCAAAUCAGAAGGUUUAGCACAUGCCCUUGGGCACGCAAAGGAAGCAGAAGCACUCGGGUAUCUGCUGACGAACCCGACCGCCCUACGUGAGCUGAAUCGCGAGGACGAACUGUUUACGCUCAUCAACCGGGUGUUGAUCAUGGAGCAGCUUGCCGAGGACGACGACGAGUACCGAGAGCUAAUGGAUGGGCUGGAAAGAACGCCCGCUCACGCUACCAAGAGUGAUAAACUGCGGGAGUUGAUCCGUCAGAGUGGUGCGUUGUCACACGCACCUGCUCGACGUCGUCCUGCCAUCGAAUCGUCGCGGGACGUACCGUUGUCGUUGUUCUACACCAACAACCAGCUCGCGAUCGAGGAGUUCCUACUGCGAAGUGGUCGGGUCACUGGACAGCGAUCUGCACCGAAGGCGUUCCUUAUCAUCAAGCGUGGGCUACAGGCGGUGAUCCCGCGUGAGUCUAGCCAUGAGGUGUUGGCUGGAAGGAUCGCAUAUACCGUGCUGGAUGAGGAUGGUAUCCGGCACUUUGAGCCGAUGAACGUACUCUCGGCGUUACAGCUCAAACCACGAUUCUUGCACCGCUUCUCGAUGUACACCUGCGUUGUACAAGAAGAGCCGGAUUGUGAGACGUUCAGCAGUAGUGGAAGCAGCAGCCACGACGCGCUUGACACCGUGGAUGAAGUGGCGUACUAUUACCGACCUCUGUCACGUCGUGGAUCGCUAAGAGUACCUCUGUCUGAGAUUGGAGCGACUCGCAAGCUUGAGACUCGCCAGGAGUCGUUUAGUCCGCGGUUGGAACGUCGCAAGAUGCCACCUUUGAACGGGUUCCACCAUACGAAUCGAGAACCAAUGUCGAAGUCCCCUGCACACCAACCAAUACAUCAACCUUAUCAAUCACUACAUCAGCACGGCUCGUUGCCAGUAGCCAGCAGUCCGAGUGUGCAGCUUCAGCAACACCUGCCUCGACAGCAGCAGCAACACCAGCCGCAGCCGCAUUACCAGAAGCAUUACCCCACGGCAAAGGCAGACAAUGUUAAGCAGACUCUACCGAUGGCAAUGCGGAUAGCAAUCAAGGCCUCGCUGGCGCAAGGUCGCGAACCAUCAAGCUGCCAUCGCUCAGGCAGUCGGGACUCGAUCCAUCGGACGUCAUCCCGGACGAGCAUGCACGACUGGAACUGGAAGUGAUGAACACGAAAAAAAAGGGCCCAGACUCACGCCCGUGAUUGCUUGUGUUAGUUAGUUUUUUAAGGACACGAUAGGGAACUUUGCAGAGCGCGAUGCGUUUGGACGGAGACCUGACCUCCCCAUCCAAAGCAGGGCUCGAUGUAAAGCUGAACUGAAUUCUCACACGGAUGUACACAUAUUCUUGGCUUAGAGGACUGUGAA